GUGCUAGGGAAGCAAUGGCUGAGCAACUUCAAACGCUCUGGCCGUGGUACCAUUGACAAUCGAGGUCGACAAAGGCAGAUGAAACUCGAUGGUCUUCGGACUUGGCAUUUUGAUGCUGUGUUGGAGUUCUUGCCCUCACUCUUGCAGAUCUCUCUCCUCCUUUUUGGGAUCGCAUUGUCUGCUAACUUGUGGAUAAUGUCGCGCACAAUUGCUGCCAUCGUCAUCACAUCCACAUCGCUUGGCUUCACAUUCUAUCUAACGAUCGUCCUGGCAUCACUCAUGGCUGCCGAUUGCCCUUUCCAGACACCAGGAUCGAUCACUCUUCGUGCUUUGGGUCGGUCUGUCCUCCAUUACUAUCCCUCAUUGCAGGAACGUCGUCGACAUUUCAGAAAAGCCUGUCUAAGUUUCGCUCUUUACGUCCCAUUCAAGAUCGUUGACACCCUGAACACUAUCUCGCAACGACUCACGCCUUCCGUCUCUAUUGCACAGCAAACAGAUGCUCCGUGUAUCAGGUGGAUCAUCGACUCAUCCAGUGACCCCGAUAUUAUCACAACUGCGGCAAGCUUUGUUCCUGAGGUGGAAUGGCCACCUGAGUUUGAGAUAUCCACUCUUCUUCUGCAACUUUUCGACACAUUUCUUGGUUGUUUCGAAAACACUCACCUCGAGCAACUGGUGCUUGUUCCACCUAGACGGGAACAUGCAAUCGCUUGCGGAAAGGCAUUCUUGCACCUAUACAUAGAGAGAAAUUCUUUCCAAAAUUUUAAAGGCUCUCCAUUCCAAGUCGCUGUCUCCGAAAAGGACAUCCGCAAGCUCAUAUGGGUACAUCACAGCGAUCAUGAGAUAUCAUUCAUUUGCUAUCUUAUUUUCGAGGUGGUCCUGGAUAGGGAUUCUCCAACACGCCUUUAUCAACCCAAGAUACCGGACACCUUCCUUUGCUGGAUGUCACAUCCACUCCUUCAUCGCCUCAAUGAUUCGCGCUACUCUUCCUUUUGGCAUGAGCGAGCCCUGGAUGCCAUCGCAAGAAUUCUCGUAAACCCACUUCCUCCAAAAAAUGUACUCGCCAACUGCUUUAUGGCCGGAAGAAUGCUUCUUGAUCAAUCUACCAGUUGCAAUGCGAUUUCGAAGGUCACCAAAAGCUCCACCACCGCACUUGACAUCUUGCUAGAGCAUAUCAUGAGGCCAGAGUCUCGUGGACAGUCCGCAAUUGUGCUGAGACUAUUAGGACCAUUAGGUGUGGUCCUCGAAUUAGAUGAGUACCGCCAAAUCGCAAAACAGCGUCGUGCUGCGGAGUGGGGACUCGAAGUAUGCAAAACCUUCGUCAGGACUGCUGGACAGAACCAAGAUGCCCAGGACGCAAUCUGGAACGACGCUCGUUCCGUACUACACUUCACCGUUAUCGUGGCCGGUGGUGGUCCCAUCAACCACAGUGAUGCAGGAUUAGCGUGGCAGAAGGGGCCAUCUCGGUUAUCGCUUCAACCGCCCGCUGAUUGUGGUUGGCUCAUCGACUACAUCAUGCAUUACCACGAUUCUGAUCACAUCGCUGUCAUUGACGCUAUGAUAGUACUGAGCCAGUUACCUCAGGUCACAUUUAACUCAUCCAGGACCCCAAUGAUGGUCAAAGUUUUGGCGUCUUCUCUGGGUUUAGAACAGCCGUCCGCCCUUCGAGAUGCCGCUCUCCGUGCUGCUCAUGCGUGCAGGAAAAUCAUCUUCGUUUACAAUUUUAUGCCGGCCAAACGGCUUCAAGAGUUCUCUGACGCUCUUCAUUCCACUCUCAUCGAGAGCGAGUCCCCACGACAACACCUGCUUUGUCUGCAAAUCUUGUAUUCUUGUACCAAAAGCGAGGCAUGGAGGGCUCACAUACUCGAAAAAUAUCAUAGCCACUGUCUUCAUCUCGCCAAUAAUUUCCCUGUUGAUCCUCUGUCAUCCGACCACCUUGCACUCUACAUCAUUGCGAAUCUGCAAGCGAUGCAAGAAUUAUCUGACCUCCCACUUGACCUCCCGGACGCCAGUUCUUGCCAAAAGCUUGUCCAAAAAGCUUGGCAUUCUCUGGUUGCUCGACAAAUCGGACACUUAACGGAGACCGUCGAGCACCUGAGUACCUUUACUGGGCACCGCUUAAAUGAAGGCAUGAUCCUUGGUACAGAAGAUUGGAUUUCUUGCAUCGGGCAGGCUCUCGGUCAAUUGAGACUGGCUGGUUCUGACUUUCAAGCGGUGAACGAUCUGUUGCUAUAUAUUACGACUCCACGGGAUUCUGGUAGUUGACACUGAUGCGAUACAUUUAUGUAACUGUGUUUUUUAUGUAAGUUGCAGGGGGACUGUGAACUCUGGGAAGGGAAAUUUAUGUUGUGCCAUCCACUACUAGACGCUGGAUUCGCUUCUGGCUCUUUAUUUGUUGCGCUUCUACUGAGUAUACCCAUGGUUACAUCAGUAAUAUAUCCCGC